AUGGAGGAGCCCAUUUCGACUCCUGGGCUACCCAGGCGAACAUACAAAGCCGGGUCUAACCUGCAGACUGAAGAACAAUUACUCUCCUCAUCGCCGGGUUUCGGUACACCGGCAUACCCCAUCAAGAGCCGACCGACAGAAGUUGCAAAGCCCUUUGCAGCGCAAUUGAACACUAGCAUAACUACACACAGCGCUGCUCCGACAGUCUUACCGAUCCUUCUUCCCCCUCAAACUCUCAGACCUGUGGCUUUCAGGACCCUCACGAAAAAACACAACCUAACCCUGACCUCCUCAGGUCUCGGCUUGCUCUCUACAUUCAUUGGUAAAUUCUGUGGCAGCGGUUGGCGAGAAGAAGGCCUUGCGGAACGUGUAUUGGACGAGAUAGCCAAAGCAUGGAAAAAGUGCGGAGGUGGCCUCCUCAUCGAGGAUGGGCCCGAGAAAAAGCUGUCCAACAUCUUGAAGACUCUAGAACCGUGCAUGUCAGGCGGGCGUCUGGACACUGGCAAACUCUCCCGGAAUAACAGUUCACUACCGAGUCCUAAUCUGUCCCGAACACCCUCAUAUACCGCCGGUAGACAAGAUGUGAAUAUAGAUAUCGGCCAGUCCAACUUAGGACUCUCGACGCUCAACGUGGAAGAUGGGGGUUCACGAGACCGAGUGGACGAAGAAGAGCAAUCUCAGUUGGAUGUUCGGUCAUACCUGAAAGUUGUUUCGGCGUUCGACCAGCCACGACUGAUGUAUUCGACUUCAUCAAAAAGCCUGGAGCCCAUCCACGGGACAACCAGCCUGCUCCCUCCGAUACAACACAAGAUAUCGAUGUUCAGAAAUCAUUACCAUCUCGUCCACCAGCGCCUAAUGCGGAACGAAUCAUUCCAGACUCCCUCAUUUGCGACCACCACGCGACCGCCCAGACUGAUGCACUCAGCAAGUGGCAUGACAACGAUACAACAAGCUUACAAGAUUACGCCAAUAGCAAACCUGCUUGGUCGAUCAGGAACUGCCCACCUUCUGCUCGGCCUGCUGGUACAUUCUCCCGCGGGAGAUCUCUCCCUGACAGACCUAUCCGGAAGCGUGGUCCUCGACCUCUCAAUAGCACGGCCGGUGCCUGAAGACGGCGUGUGGUUCUGUCCUGGCAUGAUAAUUCUUGUGGAAGGAACUUACGAAGAAGACGGCUCUCACAAUUCAAAUCUGGGUUCGGCCGCGGGUGUAGGUGGACAGAUCAAAGGUGUUUUUGUGGCCCAUACAUUGGCCGGGCCGCCAGCCGAACGACGAGCUAUAUCACUAGGUGUUUCCGCCGACUCGGGAGGUAACACACAUGCGAGCACGGGCGCAGGAUUUGGCUGGGUCGACUUUCUCGGGGUAGGGAGUGAGAAAGCGCUGGGGAACCAGAUGCGUCGACUGCAACGACGUGUCUUCCGACCACCCACUACCUUCCAGACUCUCAAUGUCCCGGAUGAUGACCAGAUCGAAACCGAGCCGCCCCGCCGCCAAAUUGCCCUGUUGGGGGAAUGUAACCUCGACAGUCCUCGAACACUAGAAGCAAUUCGCGCCAUUCUUUCAGCGUACAGCACCUCCAGCUCCGGUCAUAUAAGUGACCUGCCCUUCUCCAUCGUCAUGAUGGGCAACUUCGUCUCGGCGGCAAGCAUGUCAGGAUCCAGCAGGGGUGGUGGAAGCAUUGAAUAUAAAGAACAUUUCGAUGCCCUGGCUUCGAUCCUGGCAGAGUUUCCUUUAUUGGUGGCAAACACGACAUUCAUUUUCGUCCCGGGAGACAACGAUCCGUGGGUGAGUUCGUUCUCAGCGGGAGCCAGUUGCAUGCUCCCGAGACAGGGGGUGCCAGAGGUGUUCACCAGCAGAGUUCGACGAGCCUUCACUACCGCCAAUGCCGAGAUCCAUGGUGCAGCCAAAGAGAAAGACGCGCAAAAAGGAGAGAGCAUAUGGGCGACGAACCCGGCAAGAUUAAGUCUGUUUGGACCAUUGGAAGAGAUUGUGAUGUUCCGCGACGACAUCACAAGCCGCUUCCGACGCACUGCCAUCACUUUCCCGAAGCUCGAUGGAGAUGACGAGGGCGCCGAAGCAGCAGCAGCCGCCGCCGCCGCUAAUGUCCAGGACCAAAGCCAAGAGGCCUCGCAGUCGGAUAUGGAAGAGAUGGAUCUGGACAAUCCGAGAAGAAAUCUCGACAAAGCCGUCCAGAAUGCAACCUCCCACGUCCCUUCGUCAGACCCGACGCCAUCAAGUCCCCCAUCCAUUCAAGCGGCAAGGAAACUGAUCAAAACCAUCCUGGACCAGUCGCACCUCUCUCCAUUCCCUUUGUCGAUCCGUCCCCAGCUCUGGGAUCACUGCGCGUCAUUAUCCCUCUACCCACUGCCCACGGCACUGGUGCUCUGUGACGCCGAAAUGCCGGCCUUCGCGAUUAGCUACGAGGGAUGCCACGUGAUGAACGCGGGAAGGCUGGUGGACGAAUUCUCGCUGCGUAGAGGCCAAGGUGGCGUCAGCAGGGGCAGUGGUGUUGCGAGAUGGAUCGAGUAUGACUGUCGAAGCAGGAAAGGGGAGGAGAGGACAUUGAGGUUUUGA